UCUGUUAACCUGUGACACAGCACAGGGAACUCUCGUUAAUUGGAGCGUGAUUUGGUUUUUUAAAUUAUUUAUUGCACAAAUUACUUAAAUAAUAUGACUGAUGUGAAAAAUACAUCUACUCUUGCAUCCUCCUGGCUGCAGAUACAGAGCAUAUUGAACAGUGUCAAUCAUAUAUUUAUCUUUCUUGUGGCUGCAUUCUUCUUCGUGCUGGCGAAAAAAUUCGACUUUCAAGAUACAGCUAUGCACAUGUUUAUGACGGGCAUCGGAUUUCAUGUUCUUAUGGCCCAGGCGCUGAUGUCACACUACAAGGUGAAUCCGAUAACACGUUGGAUUUCCCACAAGAACAAAUCUCGCUACCAUGGACUCAUGCAGUUGGCGGGGGGAUCCAUGGUUUUGUUAGGCUCCUUGGGCAAGUUCACCUCAAAGGAGGUGCACUUUGAAACCUGGCAUGGUAUAUUUGGUGUGGCUGCCGCUUUUGGUUGUGCCGCCAGUGUUGUUGGUGGACUUGCUAACUUUUUCCAGCCCAAAUUUGUUUUGAAGAAGCUUCCACCCUCUGAACUGAAGUUCCGUCACAAUUUAUUUGGACUGCUCACGUUUACGCUUGGCAUGACCGCCAUUUACCUGGGAUACUAUUCGAAAUUCUUUACUCGCUAUGUGGAUAAUCAGUUUAUACCAGCAAUGAUGCUCACCACUGUGUUAGUCUAUUUCCUGACCAUCAUUGGACCUGUAACUGCCUUGCUGACAAAACUCAAGUACAGAAGGCAAAAACAACAACAGAAGUAAAUGGGUUUGUCAAGUUGGCUAUUUUUAAAUGGUGGAUGCAAUGAGGCUAAGUACAGUGGGAAGGUUACAGGUUAUAAGUUACAAAAUAAAAAGUGCAUACAAACUUUCAAAAAGCGUCGAGAAAGCCAUUCAAGUCGUUGAUUGAAUGCGCUUGGCAGGUUGCCAAAAGAAAAUAUUUGGCUGCAAUUUUAAUUGGAUAUACAAUGCAGACAUCAGACAUAUUAUGACAAUCGGGAAAUCUGUCAAUAUUAAAAUGAUAUAUGUUGACAAUAGCGCUAUUAUAGCUCUGCAUUUAUGAUGACAUUGCAUUAUGCCAGGUAAAAAUGGGAUUGGUCUUAGUUUAAUUUUGAGUCAUGUACAUAAUAAAAUAGUAAUGUAAUAAAUUAUUUUUAUAUGUGUUAAA